UGUGUUUGUGGCCCCGUGUCAGUUACAUUGUAACAAAAGUGGUGCGGCCGCCGCCCCGGCCCGCGCGCGGCCAGCCUGCCGCCGGCAUGGAGCCCGUGGCCACAAGCAUCCAGGUGCUGCUGCAGGCGGCCGAGUUCCUGGAGCGCCGUGAGCGAGAGGCCGAGCACGGCUACGCGUCCCUGUGCCCGCACCGCAGCCCGGGCCCCGCGCACCGCAGGAGGACGCACCCCCCGCAGGCCGCUGGCGCGCUGGACAGUGGGCGGUCUGUGCACAAUGAGCUGGAGAAGCGCAGGAGGGCCCAGCUGAAGCGCUGCCUGGAGCGGCUGAAGCAGCAGAUGCCCCUGGGGGCUGACUGUGCCCGGUACACCACCCUGAGCCUGCUGCGCCGCGCCCGCACACACAUCCAGAAGCUGGAGGAGCAGGAGCAGCGCGCGCGGCAGCUCAAGGAGCAGCUGCGCGGCGAGCAGCGGAGCCUGCAGCGGCAGCUGGAGCAGCUCCGCGGGCUGGCGGCGCCGGGCGAGCGCGAGCGGCUGCGGGCGGACAGCCUGGACUCCUCGGGCCUCUCCUCCGAGCGCUCCGACUCGGACCAAGAGGAGCUGGAGGUGGACGUGGAGAGCCUGGUGUUCGCGGGCGACGCCGAGCUGCUGCGGGGCUUCGGCGCGGGCCGGGAGCACAGCUACUCGCACGGCGCAGGCGCCUGGCUCUGACGCGCGCCCGCCGGGCACACCCUGCCGGGCUGCUCGGAGUCACCUGUCGGAAUGGACUACAAGGACCCUUGCGUGGGAACAGGUGCUUCCCCACACCGUGCUGCUGGCUGCCAGGCAGUCCCUCCUGGGGAGGAUGCCCCCCACCCCUCCCCAGCCCUGGGGGCCAGCUUGAGCCCAGGCCACCCUUCUAGGCAGUGUUUGGUAGCGCUUGGCUCUGCGGCCCCCACGGGAGCGGGAAAGUCUCUUCCUGGCCCAGGUCCCCUGGCCCUUGCCCCCUACACACUUUAAGUAUUUUCAUUAAAAGCCUCUUUUGUAACUUC